CAUAAGGUUAUUCAGGCGUAGACGAAAUUAGGUUAGAUAAAAAGUGAAGUAUAGAUUUGAAGUAAAUCUCUCACUGUUAAUAGUGCAUUAAUUAAGCUACAAAAUAAAUCAAUGCGUGGAUCAAACGAUUAGGCUGUUCUAAAAAAGAAAUGGCUCAGGUCCCAAAUCAGAAGGCUGUUGAAGACGCAGACCAAUUGACGGCAGUAGAGGCAAUCACCGACGAGGAGAGAGCAGAGUUAGAGGAGACAUUUAAAUUGUUUGACCGUGACAAUGAUGGAUAUCUCACGGCACGAGAGCUUGGUGAAGCCAUGAGAGCCAUGGCCCAGCAUCCAACAGAGAGUGAGAUUCAAGAGCUAGUCAAGAAACCAGACGGCGAAGAGGGUCAAGUACAGACAGAUUUUGACGCAUAUCUAAACAUAAUGGCAAAACGUCUAACAGUUCCGGAACCAGACGAUCAACUUUUACAAGCGUUCAGGGUAUUUGAUAAAGAGGGUAAGUAAGCAGACGACAUUGAGA